AUGGCACCCCUCCGCAUCGCAGUCCUGCACCAAGAAGUGCAACUCUCCGACAUCACCGGCAUCGACAUCUUCGGCAACAUCUCCAAAAAGUACAUCGCCGAAUGCACGGCCGCCUUCCCCGUCUUCCCGAACGCGGAGCUCCUGGCCUCGCAAGCCACCGAGAUGCAGUUUCUCUUCGUGGCCGACACGUUGGAGCCCACCGAGGCGACCCCCGGCAUCAAGAUCCUGCCCACGCACACCUACGCGUCGUGUCCCGUGGACGACGUCGACAUUAUGCUCAUCGGCGGGCCCUUGCCGCACGUGCGGCCCGCGGAGAGUCUGAAGCUGAUCCGCAGGUUCUGUGAGCGCGGGGAAUCCGCCACGCUGAUGACGACGUGUGUGGGCAGCUUGUGGGCGGCGGCGUCGGGGGUGUUGGAGGGGCGGCGGGCGACGACGAAUCGGGGCGCGUUGGUCAUGGCGAGACACUAUCAUGGUGAGGCCGAGUGGGUCGAUAAGCGGUGGGUGGUGGAUGAGGCGGCGGGGAAGGUCAAGUUGUGGACGAGUGGGGGUGCGGGGGCUGGGUUGGAUAUGAUUCAGAAGUAUUGUUUUGAGAAGUUCGGCAGGGAGAUUGUGGAGCAGGCGCUGUUUGGGUUGGAUUAUGAGGUCAACGGGAGGGGGGAGGAGUAUAAGGAGAAGUUGCCCGAGGCGUGGGGAGGUGAGCCGGAGGCGUGA